AUGGGUAUCAAGGGUCUCAACGCCAUCAUUUCAGAGCACGUACCGUCAUCGGUGCGUAAACUGGACAUCAAACAUUUUUUUGGCCGUAAAGUAGCCAUCGAUGCAUCGAUGUCGCUAUACCAAUUCCUCAUCGCUGUGAGACAACAGGACGGGGUACAGCUAUCAAGCGAGUCAGGCGAAACCACCUCACACCUCAUGGGUAUUUUUUACAGGACUUUACGUAUGAUUGACAAUGGUAUAAAACCAUGCUACGUAUUCGAUGGGAAACCGCCCAUUUUGAAAUCGCACGAAUUAGACAAAAGAAGCGCAAAACGAGCAUCCACGGAAGAGAAGCUAAAGGAGGCCAUCGAAGAGGCAGAGAAACAGAAACACGAGCGUAGACUGGUGAAGGUCACGCCAGAACACAACGAAGAGGCCAAGAAGCUGCUGCGAUUGAUGGGACUGCCCUACGUGGAGGCACCUUGCGAGGCAGAAGCGCAAUGUGCAGAGCUUGCUAAAGCUGGGAAGGUGUACGCCGCUGCGAGCGAGGAUAUGGACACUUUGUGCUACAGAUCACCGUACUUGCUGCGCCAUUUGACAUUCUCCGAAGCCAAAAAAGAGCCUAUCCACGAAAUCAAUGUGGAAGUACUAUUAGAAGGCUUGGAGUUGACCAUUGAACAAUUUAUCGACUUAGGAAUCAUGCUGGGCUGUGACUACUGUGAAAGCAUCCGCGGUGUGGGCCCUGUGACUGCCUUGAAGCUCAUUAAGGAACACAAGAGCUUAGAAAACAUCGUCAAGUACAUCGAGUCCGGAGAGGCCAAUAACAAAUGGAAAGUGCCAGACAAUUGGCCAUAUCAGGAGGCCCGAAAGUUGUUUUUGGAGCCAGAUGUUGUGAAGGGGUCGGAAAUUGAUCUCAAAUGGACGGAACCGCAGGAGCAAGACUUGAUUGACUUCAUGUGCAAAGAGAAAGGGUUCAAUGAAGAGCGUAUCCGUUCAGGGAUCAAGCGGCUACAAAAAGGUCUCAAAACAGGGGUCCAGGGACGCCUCGAUGGCUUCUUCAAAGUGAAGCCAAAGACCAAAGAACAACUUGCUGUUGCCAACGAGAAGGCCAAAUCCGCUAAGGGCACCAAAGCGAAGGGCAAAGUCAGCAAAGUCGGUAGACCCAAAAGUAAGUAA